AGUUGCAAUAACAUCAGUUCAGUUCAGGAUGAAUUCUGGUGCUUAUGAAGUGAUGAAGGGAAAACCAUGGAAAGCUAUCAACUUUGAUUGGGAUUUUUCAGUCGGUGAUAAUAGACUCAGAAGAGGAAUCGCAAUUAUACAACAGAGGCAGAUUUUUACUAGAAUGUUGGUAGAUUUAAAGUUUGAAAUUUAUCCAUUUGAUAACCAAAAAAAUGUGAAGUCCACAAGAAAUUUAUCCAAGACCCAAUUUUUGGAAGAAUUGAAAAAAUUUAAAGGACUUUGCUGUGGUGGCUCGUGUGGAUGCCUUUGGGUGACAGUGUCCUCCCAUGGAGUGAUUCUGCCACAAAAUGAACAAAGAGACGGACAGACAGACAAUGUGGAAACCCAAGACAGACAGACAGACAAGGUGGAAACAUACGAGGAUUACGUUUUGACACAUCCAGAACCAGACAAAAACGGAUUCUCAACAGACUUUAAAGAUGAACGAGUCUCAGUGAGGGAAAUAGUUGAAAUAUUCAAAGAUCCAGAAUUAAAAGGCAUACCAAAAAUAUUCUUUAUUCAGGCAUGUAGAGAUGACUCAAAACGAAUUUCUGGAGAUCCUGGGGUUGAUGUAGGUGUACAGGUUAUUGUUGUAGAAGAUGAAAGUUUGUCCGUCUCACUGAAAUCUAAUCUUUCAGGUACUUCAGUUGAAUUUCUACCGACCCCACUAGAAAACCAAACCGUAAACCCGCCUCCCGGCAUUGAUGAAUCAAAACAUAAAACUGAAAAUCCGGGAUCAGAUGAAGGUGUGAUGUUAUUUGUUGGAGAAGAAGAAAGUAUUUCAGCUAAAAUUCCACAGAUUCCACCUGAGAGCCAAAUCGUAUACUCACCUCCCUGCAUUGACGAUAGUGUCAUAGUGUUCUCAACUCCAUUUGGUUAUGCAGCAGGAUUUAAUACUGUGAAGGGAAGUCAUGUUUGGAGUGAUCUAUCCAAGAAAUUUAAAGAAUUUAAAGCAGUAGUAAGGCCUGUAAAACUUCUGGACUUACUGAGAGAAACCAACUGGCAGCUAUCUAAAUCUGAGAACACCAUUGAUGGCAAUGGAAAAGUUGUUGUAUAUAAACCAUUGCUCAGUAUCUGUCAUACACUUACAAGACACAUUGUGUUUGACAAGGACAGCUGAUUAAAAAAACAUGUUGUUUUCUAUACGAUGAAUUCCCACAUAGAAAUGCUUUUUGUGAUUUUUUUAAAAAAAAAACAUAGUUUUCUCUAUAUUUCACAUAGAAAUGCUUUUUGUGAUUUUUUUUUUAAAAAAAAAACAUAGUUUUCUCUAUAUUUCACAUAGAAAUGCUUUUUGUGAUUUUUUUUUUUAAAGCCAUAUGUAGUUUUCUGUAUAUACCCACAUAGAAAUGAUUUUUUAUUGUAAAAGACAAUGUUUUUACAGAUAUAAGGCCUAACAAUUAAAGGGGGAGCAGUGCUACAAUUUGAUAUUGUAGAAUAGUGAACUGGCUAUGACACCUUUGUUAAUUCAACAUCAAAAUUACUGUCCCAUUGUACAUCACAUCCAGAGUCAAUGUCAACUGUCUUUUCAACUAAACAUGAUGCCUUAAUAAAUUAAAGGAAAAAUAAGAAAUUCUAUAGGUCUAAAAUUUAACUGACUAAGUGUUGGCGUUAUUCAUGCAUUGUUAUGCCAACAGUUAAACUUUGGUAUGUUGAAUAGGAAUCUCAGAUAUCAUGGACAUAUUCUAGUGAUUAAAAAUUCCCAACUACAUAUUUUUUUUUUAGCCUUUUUUCCCUAAUCUUUGUAUAUGCUUAAGUUUUUUCUUGGUCUCAACAAAUAUGAAAGAAAAUAAAAUUUAGGCAAUGCAACCAUACAAAAUCACUCAGCAAAUGGAGAACUUUAUGCAAUAUGCAGGUAUUUGUUAGCACCUAAUGUACAUCCAAACAAAACUGAUGUUCUCAGUUUCAACAUGUCAUUAGGUCAAAGAAUUCAAAAUUUGCCCUUAAAUUCUGUCACUAGCUGUGUGAUAUUAUACAUUUGACAUUGUAUGUUUAGUUACUGUAAACCAACUUUUAUUCACACGCGAGAAAUAUCUGCAAGUUCCGCGACCUGAAGUGAAUAUUAAUCGCCACAAACCAUUUAUUUUGCUAAGGAUUUGUAGAGAAUGUUUCCUCAGUCGCGGAAAUUAAUCAUUGCAGAUAAUAGUUGGUUUACAGUAUUACUCUUAUCUGUAGCUGUGUGAUAUUAUACAUUGUAUGUUUAGUUUUACUCUAUCAGUAGCUGUAUGAUAUUAUACAUUGUAUGUUUAGUUUUACUCUAUCAGUAGCUGUGUGAUAUUAGAUAUUGUAUGUUUAGUUUUACUCUAUCAGUAGCUGUGUGAUAUUAUACAUUGUAUGUUUAGUUUUACUCUAUCAGUAGCUGUGUGAUAUUAUACAUGGUAUGUUUAGUUUUACUCUAUCAGUAGCUGUGUGAUAUUAUACAUGGUAUGUUUAGUUUUACUCUAUCAGUAGCUGUGUGAUAUUAUACAUUGUAUGUUUAGUUUUACUCUAUCAGUAGCUGUGUGAUAUUAUACAUUGUAUGUUUAGUUUUACUCUAUCAGUAGCUGUGUGAUAUAAUACAUUGUAUGUUUAGUUUUACUCUAUCAGUAGCUGUGUGAUAUUAUACAUGGUAUGUUUAGUUUUACUCUAUCAGUAGCUGUGUGAUAUUAUACAUUGUAAGUUCAGUUAUACUUAGUCUGUAGCUGUGUGAUAUUUUACAUUGUAUGUUUUGUUUUACUCUAUCAGUAGUUGUGUGAUAUUAUACAUUGUAUGUUUAGUUUUACUCUAUCAGUAGCUGUGUGAUAUUAGAUAUUGUAUGUUUAGUUUUACUCUAUCAGUAGCUGUGUGAUAUUAUACAUUGUAAGUUCAGUUAUACUUAGUCUGUAGCUGUGUGAUAUUUUACAUUGUAUGUUUUGUUUUACUCUAUCAGUAGCUGUGUGAUAUUAUACAUUGUAUGUUUAGUUUUACUCUAUCAGUAGCUGUGUGAUAUACAUUGUACGUUCAGUUUUACUUAGUCUGUAGCUGUGUGAUAUUAUACAUGGUAUAUUGGUUUUC